AUGAGCGGCAAGGGCUGGUGGAACAGCGCCAUCUCCGGCCUCGAGUCCAAACUCGACGGCAUUCUGGCCGAAGACGCCCAUGGCCACGCCCAAGCCCACGCCCAAGCCCACGCCGAUGCUCCCGAGAAGGCGGCUGCCGACAAGAAGCUGGCGGUCGAGCCAGUAUCGCGCAACUCGUCACGCAGCAGACCGAACUCGCGCCUCCAAGACAGACUGGCAAAGGCCGUGAACAAGGGCGCCGACCGCCCAGACUCGCGCGCCUCGUCCGACCUGGGCUCCCGCCCACAAAGCCCAGCGCUGCCACCUGCACGUGUUGAAGAUGCUCCAGCCGACACCCACGCGAAGGCUGCAGAGGACGAAGCGGCCCAGGUUGACGAGAGCCAGUCCGAGUCACCGCCCAUACCGUCACCAGCUUUGGUCGUCGAGCAGCCAGCAUCCACACCCGUCCCGAGCAUGGCCAUGCCCUCGAAACCGCCCAUCCACACAAUCGUGACCCCACCUCAAGCUUCUCCCCGCCAAUCGCUCGACAGCACCAUCUCACGACCCUCGAUCGAUGCCGCUGCCCCGGCUGCUGUUCAGCCCCCAGACCCAGACCCAGCCCCAGCCCCAGAACCCAGCACAAGAGACCCGGACAUACUGCUGACCGAGCUGUCCGCCCUCCAAGAGGCCCAUGAGGAGACGGUCCGUGGCCACCGCGAUGAGCUCAAUGCCCACCUCGAACGCAUAGACGCCCUGCAGUCGAAGCUCGCAUACCUCGCUCAGCAGGUAGCAGCCUCGGCCAAAGCCACCGCCUCACACUCGGACACGACCCCAGCGGACAAGAAGCUGGCUGAGAAGGAUGUGCAAAUCGCAGCCCUCAUGGAAGAAGGCCAGAGAUUGUCAAAGACGGAGAUGAAGCAUUUGACCACAGUCAAGGCCCUGCGCGCAAAGUCGCUCGAGCACAACAAGGACAUCGCAACGUUGAAGCAGAGGCUAGCCAAGGCGGAAAAGAGCAUCACCGAACAAUCCGAGCGCGCAAAACGUGCCGAGGCUGCUGAGAGGGCUGCCCAGGACAAGCUGAAGAUCGUGGGCAAGAUUGAAAAGGACAUCGACUUGAUACGUGCAGAACGCGAGGAAGCCGGCAUGACCAUCAACGAGCUACGGAACCAACUCAGUGAUGCCCUGUCGCGCGCCGAGAGUGCUGAAAAGAGGGUGCAAGCCGGCGCACUCGAGGCAGAAAAACGAGCUACCGCAUCGUUGAGGGAGGACAUGGAAAAUCUCCGCAUAGAGAAGAAGCUAGCAGAAGAGCGUGCAAAGCGAGAGCUGCAAGCCGCUAAGGAAGAGGCCAAGAACCAGCAAGAGAAAUCAAAGGUGGCCGAAUUGGAGCUGCGUGGAGAAAUAGCAAACCUCGAGUCGAAGCUUGAGCUCCUCCGUAGCCGUACAGAGGAAGCUACAUCGUCCGCAACGGGAGACUCGCAAGCAAAGCUUCUCCGCCAGAUCGAAACCCUACAGACCCAGUACUCACUUGCUUCUGAGAACUGGCAGGGCAUCGAGACUACCCUCACAUCUCGCGUUGCCGCUCUGGAGAAGGAUCGCGACGAGACAGCCAAACGAGAAGCAGAUGUGCGAAGGAAGGCUCGGGACGUCAACUCAAAGGCCCGCAGAUUAGAAGAUGAACUUGAGAGUAUCAAUGAGCGGGCCCGAGCAUUCGAGCAUGACCUGACUGAACAGCGUGCGGUCGCACAAAAGUUACAGGCCCGGUUGACUCAAGCCGAAACAUCUGCACAAGACGCACGUGCGGAUCUUGAACGCGAGAAGAGGAUAUGGGACGCUGAAUUCCAACAGAAGAUAGAAGAGGAAAAGAACAAAUGGAAGCAGGAGAUGCUUUCACCCGGGUUUCUCAACAACGGGAACCAUCUUCGCGCAGACUCGCCAUCGGAAUCACGCCGAAGACAUUCACCGGAUCCGUUGGGUAUCUACAAUCGCAAGUCGGUCCCGCGGUCCAUCUCGUCAGGCAUGGAUACGUCUAUGCCUCUGACGCCAAUGGACCGCAUGUUUGACGAUGCAGCCCGUCGACCGACCUCUUCGCGCCAGCGUUCUACGCCCAAAGCCCGGACACCAGAGAUCGGAACACCUCAAAGACAGGGCUCGGUUGCAAGCCUGACCAACCUAAACGGUGCGUUGCCGCCAGACGCACCUUCAAUCCACACAGUCGACUACGAUGAGCCUUUUGAGAAUGUAUCAUCGCCACAGCGUACUAUCAACGACAUGAUUUCAGUUUCUACUGCAGGUGCAGGUCCUUCUGUCCAGCUCGUGGAGCGAAUGAGUGCAGCCGUCCGACGUCUUGAGUCGGAGAAAGCUACAUCCAAAGAGGAACUAGCUCGUUUGAGUGCACAACGUGACGAAGCUAGAGAAGAGGUUGUGGCGUUGAUGCGUGAGGCCGAGGACAAGAGAAAACUGGACCAGAAAGUGGAAACACUGGAGAGUGAUCUCAAGGCCAUGGAGCAGAGAUAUGAAACUACCUUGGAGAUGCUGGGAGAGAAGACGGAAAAGGUGGAGGAGUUGGAGGGUGAUGUGGCGGAUUUGAAGAAGAUUUAUCGAGAGUUGGUGCAGACCAUGAAGUAG